AUGUAUUAUAUAAAAAAAAUUGAUAUUAAAACUAGAUUGGUUUUUAUAUUAAUAGUAUUAUCGGUAUUUUUAAAUAUUGAGGUGGAAUGUACACAUGUUAAUAAAACAUUAAAUUUUGUACUAAAUAAUAGCAUUUUGUGCAACCUUCCAAGGUUCAUCAGUAAUUGCAAUAAAAUUAAAGUAAAUACAUUAAAUUCUAAAGAUGAAAAGGAUACUCAUAUUGUAGAAAAAUCGAAUGUUUAUCGAGACGAUAGAAUCACAAUUACCAACAAUCAAAACGAGUUUAAAAUAAAUGAAACACAGUUAUUAGAAUCAGCAAAGACUUAUAGAGCAAAAUUAAAAUUGGAAGACUUUAUGCUUGAUAUAUACAUAGAAGAUGAGUCCAACAUGAGAUUAAUUAACCAUGAACAACUUGGGGAAGAUAAACCAACGGACAUAAUAUCAAUAAGAGAUGAACUCAGAUACAUUAAAUCGAAAUAUCACUUAAAUAGAACACCGUAUAAAAGUAAAGAACAGUAUCACCUGGGAGAGAUAUUCCUUUGCCCAAAAUAUAUUGAAAAAAUGUCAGAAAUGGAAUUGAAUGAUGAAAGAAUACAAACAAAAGAUGUUCUUAAAAUGAGUAAAAGUGGUGGAGUUGCAAGGAGAAUACAAGGAGUAAAGGACAUUAACACGAGAAUGUGUUUACUCCUAGCACAUGGGAUUCUACAUUUAGUAGGAUACGACCAUAUUAGAGUAGAAGACUAUAGGGAAAUGGCUAGUGAAGAAGAUUCGUUGUUAGAUACCUUGAUUGAAGAUAUAAUAGAAAAUAAUGGUUGA